AUGACAACGUUAGCAAUUUUUAAACCACAUUGCCUAAAAAAUCCUAUCGCUUACGAAACAAUACAACAAAUGCUAAAGGCCAAUGGACUCCAAGUAAUAGCAAGAAAACGUAUAAUGCUCUCCAGGAACGAAGCUGAGCAGUUCUACCAAGAACAUCGUAGCAAAUUCUUUUUUCGUCGCUUAGUGUCGCUUAUGACUAGUGGCCCUUCUGAAGUCGUCUUACUUUCUGGAGAUAACGCAAUCCAACGAUGGAGAAGCUUGAUGGGACCAACCAAAGUUUUGAAAUCUGUAUACACCCAUCCGGACUGCAUUCGUAGCAAUUUUGGUAUAUCAGAUACUAGAAACGCCACUCAUGGAUCAGAUUCAGAGCAAUCAGUUGCUUUAGAGAGAAAAUUUUUCUUUGGAGAAGCCGUUCUGUAAUUAUUGCAGUUUUCUAUCGCCGUCUGUGAAACGUAAUCAUAAAAUAGUUAAACAUGCAUUGCAUAUGCUGAAAAUAAUGCGGAGGCUGGUUAUAAACCAUGAAUAAAUAAUUCAUCUAUCCUAAAUAUUUUAUCUUUGAUAUUUACCCAAGGCGAAUAAGCGCGAGUAUAUAGCGCAGCAUGUUUGCAUGUUGC